CCUGCGCUGCUGAGGGGGGCGUGUGCGGGGGGUUUAUACUAGAAUAUAUGGUAUUUUUAAUGCAGGAAUAUUUAAAAACGCGUUUUCUGCGGCGUUAAGGACGGACAGCAGCGUUUAGAGCAGAGCUGGACUUUAAUGUAUCGAUAGGUGGAGAAACAGAGCUCAUUUAAACGGAGUAAAAGAUGGGUUAUUUAAAACUAAUCGAGAUAGAAAAUUUUAAAUCCUACAAAGGUCGACAGAUAAUAGGACCUUUCCACAAAUUUACAGCAAUAAUCGGACCUAAUGGAUCAGGAAAAUCAAACUUGAUGGAUGCCAUCAGCUUUGUUCUGGCAGAAAAGACCAGUAACCUGCGUGUGAAGACCCUUAAAGAUCUUAUCCAUGGUGCACCGGUGGGGAAACCAGCAGCUAAUCGUGCAUUUGUGAGCAUGGUGUACUGUGAGGAGAAUGCUGAUGAACGCACGUUCACUCGAGUUAUAAUAGGCUCCUCUUCAGAAUACCGGAUUGACAGUAAGGUGGUGAGCUUGUCUGAUUACAGUGAGGAACUAGAGAAACUGGGUAUACUCAUCAAGGCCAGAAACUUUCUAGUGUUUCAGGGAGCUGUAGAAUCGAUAGCCAUGAAGAACCCGAAGGAGAGGACGGCUCUGUUUGAGGAGAUCUCCCGCUCUGGGGAGCUGGCUCAGGAGUAUGACCGCAGGAAGAAGGAGAUGGUGAAAGCUGAGGAGGACACGCAGUUUAACUACCACCGCAAGAAGAACAUCGCAGCUGAGAGGAAAGAGGCCAAGCAGGAGAAAGAGGAGGCUGAACGCUACCAGAGGCUGAAGGACGAGGUGGUGAGGGCUCACGUUCAGCUGCAGCUCUUCAAACUCUACCACAACGAGGCAGAGAUCGAGAAGCUGAAUAAAGAGCUGUCUCAGCGCAACCGGGAGAUCGAGAAAGACAGGAAAAAGAUGGACCACAUCGAAGAGGAACUGAAGGAGAAGAAAAAAGAACUGGGGAGGAUGAUGAGGGACCAGCAGAAUGUGGAGAAAGAGAUAAAAGAGAAGGAUGCUGAGCUGAACCAGAAACGGCCUCUGUACAUCAAAGCCAAGGAGAACACGUCUCACAAGAUAAAGAAGCUGGAGGCGGCGCGGAAGUCUCUGCAGAACGCUCAGAAGAUGUACAAGAAGCGCAAGGCAGACAUGGACGAGCUGGACCGAGAGCAGGGGGCUGUGGAGACAGCCAGGCAGGAGUUUGAGGAGCGAAUGGAGGAGGAGGCUCAGAGUCAAGGUCAAGACCUCACCCUGGAGGAGAACCAGGUGAAGCAGUAUCACAGGCUGAAGGAAGAGGCCAGUAAGCGGGCAGCCACGCUGGCACAGGAGCUGGAGAAGUUCAACCGUGAUCAAAAGGCUGACCAGGACAGACUGGACCUAGAGGAGAGGAAGAAAGUGGAGACAGAGGCCAAAAUAAAGCAGAAAAUACGAGAGAUCGAGGAGAACCAGAAGCGCAUUGAGAAGCUGGAGGAUUAUAUUGCCACAAGCAGGCAGUCUCUGGAUGAGCAGAGGAGAAUGGAGGAGGAGCUGACUGAGGAAGUGGAGCUCGCUAAAAGAAGGAUUGAUGAGAUAAAUAUGGAAUUAAAUCAGGUGAUGGAGCAGCUCGGGGAUGCUAGAAUUGACCGUCAGGAGAACAGUCGUCAGCAGCGUAAAGCUGAGAUCAUGGAGAGCAUUAAGAGGCUCUACCCCGGCUCUGUGUAUGGGCGGCUGAUUGACCUGUGCCAGCCCACGCAGAAGAAGUAUCAGAUCGCUGUGACGAAGGUGCUGGGGAAGAACAUGGACGCUAUCAUAGUGGACUCAGAGAAGACAGGCAGAGACUGCAUCCAGUACAUCAAAGAGCAGAGAGGAGAACCUGAGACCUUCCUGCCUCUGGACUACCUGGAGGUGAAACCCACAGAUGAGAAGCUGAGGGAGCUGAGAGGAGCUAAGCUGGUGAUUGACGUGAUCCGUUACGAGCCGCCUCACAUUAAGAAAGCUCUGCAGUACGCCUGCGGGAACGCUCUGGUGUGUGAGAAUGUGGAGGAUGCACGCAGGAUUGCUUUUGGAGGACCUUACAGACAUAAGACCGUGGCGUUGGACGGCACUCUGUUUCAGAAGUCUGGGGUGAUCUCUGGAGGAGCGAGUGAUCUGAAAGCUAAGGCUCGGCGCUGGGAUGAGAAAGCUGUGGACAAACUCAAAGACAAGAAAGAGAAACUAACAGAGGAACUGAAGGAGCAGAUGAAGGCAAAGAGGAAGGAGGCGGAGCUGAGGCAGGUGCAGUCUCAGGCCCACGGGCUGCAGAUGAGACUGAAGUACUCUCAGAGUGACCUGGAACAGACCAAGACUCGCCACCUGUCCCUCAACAUGCAGGAGAAAUCAAAGUUGGAGAGUGAACUGGCCAAUUUUGGCCCUCGCAUCAAUGACAUCAGAAGAAUCAUCCAAUCACGAGAGAGGGACAUCACUGCUCUGAGAGACCGCAUGAACCUGGUGGAGGAUGAGGUGUUCCUGGAGUUCUGUGAGGAGAUCGGCGUGAGGAACAUUCGAGAGUUUGAGGAGGAGAAAGUGAAGAGACAGAAUGAGAUAGCCAAGAAGAGACUUGAAUUUGAGACCCAGAAGACCCGUUUAGCCAUCCAGCUGGACUAUGAGAAGAACCAGCUGAAGGAGGACCAGGAGAAAGUGAUGAUGUGGGAACAGACAGUGAAGAAGGAUGAAAACGAGAUUGAGAGACUUAAGAAGGAAGAGCACAGGCACAUGAAGAUCAUUGACGAGACCAUGGCUCAACUGCAGGAUCUGAAAAACCAGCACCUCACUAAAAAGGGAGAGGUCAAUGACAAGAACCGAGAAAUGGAGGAGAUCCGCAAGAAACUGGGCUCUGCUAACAAAGAGCUGACCCAUCUCCAGAAGGAGGUGACAGCAAUUGAGACAAAACUGGAGCAGAAACGCAGCGACAGACACAACCUCCUGCAGGCCUGUAAGAUGCAGGACAUCAAACUGCCCCUCAAAUCUGGAACCAUGGACGACAUCAGCCAGGGAGAGGGAAGUUCCCAGGUUGACGAGUCCAGCAGCCAGAAGACCUCCAGCUCUGUUCAUGCCAAAGAGGCUCUCAUAGAAAUCGACUACAGCAACUUAAACGAAGACCUUAAGGACGCUCUCUGUGAUGAGGAGAUUAAAGCUGAGAUGAACACUCUGCAGCAGAGGCUGAAUGAGCAGCAGAGCAUUCUCCAGCGCAUCAGUGCUCCCAACAUGAAGGCCAUGGAGAAACUGGAGAGCGUCAGGGAUAAGUUCCAGGAGACCAGUGAUGAGUUUGAAGCAGCACGAAAAAGAGCUAAGAAAGCUAAGCAGGCCUUUGAGCAGAUCAAAAAGGAGAGGUUCGACCGUUUCAACACCUGCUUUGAAUCUGUCGCCACCAACAUUGAUGAGAUCUACAAAGCCCUCUCUCGUAACAGCAGUGCACAGGCUUUCCUUGGCCCAGAGAACCCAGAGGAACCAUACUUAGAUGGAAUCAAUUACAACUGCGUGGCUCCAGGAAAGAGAUUCAGGCCAAUGGACAAUCUGUCUGGAGGGGAGAAGACAGUGGCGGCUUUGGCUCUGCUGUUUGCCAUUCACAGCUACAAGCCCGCCCCUUUCUUCGUGCUUGAUGAGAUUGAUGCUGCACUUGAUAACACUAACAUUGGCAAGGUGGCAAAUUACAUAAAAGACCAGUCAGUCCAGAACUUCCAGGCUAUUGUCAUUUCCCUGAAAGAGGAGUUCUACACCAAGGCUGACUCACUCAUAGGAGUGUACCCUGAGCAAGGAGACUGCGUCAUCAGCAAAGUGCUGACCUUUGACCUUUCCCAGUAUCCUGAUGCCAAUCCAAAUCCCAACGACUAAAUCAGCUUCAUUAUAAAGAGUGAAUGGUCAACAUAUACCAACCCUGCAGACAUUAAUACAUGCGUAAUGUUCUGUCAUAUCCUCCUAUGCUGUGCUGCUCAGAUCAGUGUUCAGUGUUGUGUGCAUGGUUUAACAUGUGUUAUGUGAAUUCUGCACUGUAUGUCCAAAAGUAUUGGGCCAAUUUACCAAUGGAACUGGACACUGUGAUGCUUCUGCCUAUGAGUCAGAUGAGCAUUGGUUAGUUGUGCUCUUUGGAGUAUUGGAGCUCUCUUCAGUACCACUGAGUUGGAUGAGUUGGAGUUGAAUUUGUGAUUUGUCAGUGCCUAACUUUAUUAAUUCUAAACUUCAAAAAAGCCUUUGUAGAUGAAUUGAGCAUAUUACUGCAGCAAACAUGGGCCAAUGCCUCAAUAAAUCUCUUACUUCCAGAAUAAACUGCAAAUGUUUUGGGCAUAUAGUGUAUCUUCGAUAGUUAUUAGAUGCUUUACAAACUGUGCUGAAAUUAUUCUGCAAUAUAUUAUAAAGUGGUGCUUGAGGGUUUGCUUUCUCCUUUGCUUUCUCCUAGUUGUUUAGUGUUCUCAUGAUGGUGAAAUCAUGAACAUUAACAUUAACCACAGUUAGUGAGGCCUUCAGUUGCUUAGAAGUUAUCAUGGGUUCCUUUGUGACCUUUUAGACUAUCACUAUUAUUACUAUUACUAUUAUUGGUUUGAUCUUUGUUGGUUGACCACUCCUGAGGAUGGUAAUAGUAGUAUUGAAUUUCUUCUAUUUGGACCUAAUCUGUCUAGCUGUGAAUUGGUGGAGUCCAAACUCUUCAAAUAUGGUUUUGCAACCUUUUCAAGCUUGAUGAGCGUUUGCAUUGCUUUUGUGAUGUAAGGCAUGGAUGCAUCUGCUUAGCCAUGGAAACUAAUUCUAUAAAGCUCUUCAUAGAAAACUUGCGCAGAAAUAUAGACAAUUUUAAAAGGUUCAAAAACUUUCAAGCUCCACUGUAACUAAAUAUGUAGGCCUUGUGUUAGCUUGUGGAAUGUGCCUAGCAACAUAUUUCUGGCAAUAGUUAUGGCAAUGUCCUCAACUAGAAAACCAUUUAAACAAAGCUCAUUCUGCUUAGCUGAUGUAAUCAUGUAUCGUGUAUGCUUUAUCCUGCAGUAUUUAAUUGCACACAGUGAUGCAGUAGCUAUAUCGUUGCACUGGUUUGUUAAUGCUGUGCCUUCCUGUGCUAUCUCAUAUGAUCAUAUCUUAAUGAAAGCCAAUGAAAUGUAGCACUGAACUGAAAAUGGACUUGUUGGUUUAAUGUCAAAUUAAGAAGAACCGAAAAUACGAAUUGAUAGCACAUUAAACAUUUUGUAUCUCACUGUAUUCAUUGCUUUAAUGAAUAAAUCU